AUGAAUUCUUGCAUUCCUGAUUGGAACUUUGAGGCUGAUCUCCCUUUGACCAACCAAAAGAAACCCAUGGGGCCAGACCAUGAACUAGUAGAGCUCUUGUGGAGAAAUGGACAGGUAGUUUUGCACAGCCAAACGCAUCGAAAACCGAGUCCUAAUCCUCCUAAUGAGGCCAGACAAGUUCAAAAACAAGAUCAGCAAACCAUAAGGGUUGGUGGAUUAUAUGGGAACUCAAGUAAUUUGACUCAAGAUGAAGACACAGGUUCCUUGAUCCACUACCCUCUUGAAGAUUCCUUUGACAAAGAGUUCUGUUCCCAUUUUUUUUCUGAAUUGCCUUCCUGUGAUCCAAUUGAGAUUGACAAGCCAACCAAACAAUUUGAAGAAGAAAAGUUUGCUAAGUUUGGUGCUUCUGAUACCCCCCAUCUUGUUUCCACUGCCCCCCAACCUAAUGUUAAGUCCCCUGCUCGUAUGGGAUAUCCUGCAAACCCAAUGCCUCCUCCAAGAUAUCAAUACAAUAACUCAACUGAGCAAAACCAAAAUCUAGGAGGCUUGGGGAAAGUAGUUAAUUUUUCAACAUUUGCUACCCCAGGAAAGGGUGAUAGAGGAUCUUCCAGAGGAAAAAUAGGAGGGAAAGAGUCUGGCAAUUUAACUCAGGGGGAGGUUAAAGAGUGUUCGGUAAUGACCGUUGGUUCGAGUUACGUUGGUAGCAACCAAGUUCUAAAUGACCUUGAUGUGAGCAGGGCUUCAAGCAAUUGUGAUGGGACGACUGGUUUAUCUGUUGGACCCUUCUAUGACAAUGUUCAAAAGAUGAUGCCUCAGAGUGAGACAGGGAAAACAGAUACACUAGACCCAACUCCUACUUCGUCUUCUGGUGGUUCUGGUAGUAGUUUUGGCAGAGGAGGAAAGCGGUCUAAUGUUGUCAAUAGCAACAAAAGAAAGGGUAGAGAUGCUGAGGACUCAGAGUGCCAAAGUGAGGCUGCGGGAAACAAGUCAGCACAACGGUCUGGAUCAUCCAGGAGGAGCCGUGCUGCUGAAGUCCAUAAUCUCUCAGAAAGGAGACGGAGAGAUCGGAUCAAUGAGAAAAUGAGAGCAUUGCAAGAGCUCAUACCUCAUUCUAACAAGACAGAUAAAGCAUCAAUGUUAGAUGAGGCAAUUGAAUACUUGAAGUCUCUUCAGAUGCAACUUCAGGUAAUGUGGAUGGGAAGCGGGAUGGCACCAAUGAUGUUUCCAGGCAUGCAGCACUAUAUGCCCCGAAUGGGAAUGGGAAUGGGAGUGGGAAUGGGAAUGGGACCACCGGCCUUGCCUUCAAUGCACAAUCCGAUGCAUUUACCUAGAGUCCCUCUAGUUGAUCAGUGCAUGAAUGUGGCUCCAGCAACAAACCAGGCUGUAAUGUGCCAAGCACCGGUGUUGAAUCCAGUUGAUUAUCAUAACCAGAUGCAAAAUCCGGUGUUUCAGGAGCAGUAUGCGCGUCUUAUGGGCUUCCAUCAUAUGCAGACUAUGUCUCAGCCUAUGAAUAUGUUCAGAUUUGGCUCCCAGCCUAUGCAACAGAAUCAGAUGACAGCACCAACUGGCAUCAACAGUGGACAUUUAGGUGGAGGAGGUACAGCUAAUGAUACUUUAAGUGGCAAGAUGUUCCUGACGCUGAUGCUCUUUAGCUAUAAUUGUCAUUUUGACAUGUUAAUCAGUGAGUAUGCAUGCUUAUCUCCUCCCUAUGGUCCCCUGGCUUAUUUAACAAGAUUAUUUCAAGGUGGCAAAAGUUGUUGUGUUGAAUAUAUUUCUAGCUCGCACGGUUCGCAUGCCUCCCCAACCAGUGAGCGUGACGUGCGAUCUUCUCCUACGUACAUGCCAAUGAACAACUACUGCAAGAGUUCAAACAUCCCAAGCCUAGUGUGCAGCUUCCUGAAUUGA